AGCAAUCAUGCCGGCGAUCUCGUCGCAUUCACUCCCCCCACGCGCGCGAGCAAAACGGCGCGCGCGGCCACCUCUCUCUUAUCCCCCGCCGCCCCCUCUGCACUGCAUGCAUCGUUAUCCUUCCCUUGAUAACAAUUCGUCCGCUUGUUUUGUUUUGGCAUCGAUCUUCUUUAGUUCGUGCUCGCGGUCAUCAGCAGAUAUAGUUAUCUAGUAUCCAUCCCUGGGCAAUCAGACAAACCCGUCUUUCAAAACGGAGUAGCAGCUGAUGCAGAUCGCGAUCUCCCUUCUUUGCUCCCUGAUUUUGCUUUGUUAUUAGGAUAAUUAAGCCUUCGGUUACCACUCAUGGAUCAAUAAUUCAUCCGUCUCAUCCUCAUCAUCGUCGUCUCUCUCUCCCCCUAGCCUGUCAUCGCUUCCAGAGCAGUCCGUCCCAGACUCCAUAUAUAUCGGCGGCUCUGCUCUCCAGCCUACAGCACGCCCACCCAUCUCCCACCGCGCAGCAUUUCCCAGACAGCCAGGCAGCCGGGCCGGCCGGUGAGAGAAGGAAGGGAGGAAGGAUGUCCGGCAUGGAGGCGGGGCUGGUGCGCAAGUACCCGUCGGACGCCGGCGGGCUCCGCGCGGCGCGGCACGGCCCGCACGGCCACUCGGCCAGCGCCCGCACCGCGCACAGCAUGUCCGCGUCGGCGCUGCGCAAGAAGUCGGACGCCUCGCUGGUGCGCAAGGUGCCCUUCGCGCCGCUCCGCCCCGUGCUCGCCAACCUGCAGGAGGUCUUCCUCGGCACCAAGCUCGCCGUGCUCUUCCCCGCCGUGCCGCUCGCCAUCGCCGCGCAGUGCGCCAACUUCGGCCAGGUGUGGGUGUUCGCGCUCAGCUUACUCGGCCUCAUCCCUCUCGCCGAGCGAGUCAGCUUCCUCACCGAGCAGAUCGCAAUAUUCACCGGCCCCACCGUGGGCGGCCUCCUGAACGCGACGUGCGGCAACGCCACGGAGCUCAUCAUCGCGCUGUUCGCGCUCAUGCAGGGCAAGAUCGAGGUCGUCAAGUGCUCCCUCCUCGGCUCCGUCCUCUCCAACCUGCUGCUCGUGCUCGGCACCUCCCUCUUCUGCGGCGGCAUCGUCAACCUUGGCGUCGACCAGCCAUACGACAGGAGCCAAGCGGACGUCAGCACGGGCCUCCUCAUCCUCGGCGUACUGUGCCAGUCCCUGCCGCUCAUGCUGCGCUACGCGGUGGGCGCCGGCGAGCACUCCGUCGCCGCGGCCACCACGGGCCUCGAGCUCUCGCGCGCCUGCAGCAUCGUCAUGCUGCUCGCCUACGUCGCCUACCUCUUCUUCCAGCUCAAGACGCACACCCAGCUCUUCGAGCCGCAGGAGGUCGACGAAGACGGCGAGGACCAGGAAGAGGCCGUCAUCGGGUUCGCCAGCGGGCUCUUCUGGCUCGCGUUCAAGACUAUUCUCAUCGCCAUUCUGUCUGAGUAUGUCGUCGGCACGAUUGAGCCUACCUCACAAUCCUGGGGCUUGUCCGUGAGCUUCAUCAGCAUCAUCCUGCUCCCAAUCGUCGGGAACGCAGCGGAGCACGCUGGUGCCGUCAUUUUUGCUCUAAAGAACAAGCUGGACAUCACCCUCGGAGUAGCUUUGGGGUCGGCAACCCAGAUCUCCAUGUUCGUGGUGCCGCUGAGUGUCAUUGUAGCUUGGAUCGCGGGUAUUCAAAUGGACCUCGACUUCAAGCUGCUAGAGACUGGCACUCUGUUUGUCUCAGUAAUAGUAACAGCCUUCACCCUCCAGGAUGGAACGUCACACUAUUUGAAGGGGAUCCUUUUACUCCUGUGCUACAUUGUCAUCGGCGCAUGCUUUUUCGUCACGAGGCAACCUGCAAGUCAUGCAAACGGCAACGGUGCUGGGCUGGCUGUACCAACCGGUACAUGGAACGCACAGGUGGCAUAACAGGUUAGGAGUCCUGCCUGGACAAGGCAGCAUGCAAGGCAGCAGAGCAAUGUUCUGAAUCGGACUCUGAAACUGCAAGAAUCUGUCGGGCCUAGUGUGCGCAAUGAGUGAUGAUCCUACUUUCCAGGGAAAUGGGGAAGCCGGUCCGAGUGCUACCGAGAGGGAAUGCAAUCAUCGUUGUGAGAAGCAGCAUACUGGGAAGGGUCAUUUGUGCUUGUAUUAAUAUUGGUUUGGUUAGGCUGCAUGCGGCUGCUGCAAUAAGGGUAGCAAAUAUCUAUGCAUCCAAUCCUGUGUAUAUGAUCCAUCGUGCUUUGCUUCGUAUAUGAAGCUUAAUAAGAUAAAUAUACAGAGGUGUAUUGAAGUUUUGCAUAGCA